UUGCCCUUUUUUAUCCCCAACAAAAGCAUCCCUCAUUUGUUCUUCUGCAAUAUCACUUCUAUUUCUCCCUCCUUUCACAAGGAAGGGCGUAGAAGAAUCAACCAUAAUACUACUUCCUACAACCCCCCAAAAAAAACUCAUCAUUAUCAAACAAAAGAGAGAAAACCAAAUGGGUAUCAAGUUCUUGUUGAUCCUUGGUCUCUUGACCCUGGCCGUAGUCGCCGAAUCAGCCAAUGCCACGUGGGGUCUGACCAAAUCUUGUGUCAAUGGCCAAGGUUGCAUCGGAGAGGAUGAUGAGCUUGAGUCCUUGAUGGAUUCCGAGGCCAACCGCCGCCAGCUAGCCGCGAGGCGCAGCUACAUCAGUUACGGUGCGCUCAAGAAGAACAAUGUGCCGUGCGGCCGACGUGGCCGGUCUUACUACGAUUGCAAGAAGAGGAAAAGAGCUAACCCUUACAGGCGUGGCUGCAGCGUCAUCACUCAUUGCUACAGGCAAACUUCUUAAUCUCAAGAAGCAUUUAUACAAACAAUAUGAUUGAAGAAGCGAGAGGGCAAAUAAUGCAAGAAGAAACAAAUGAAUACAAACAAUAUAUACCAAUUCUUCUACUUAUGGUUUUUCUUGACAUUGUCCCUUUUUGUUCCUCUUAAUUUAAUCAUCUUUUUCAUUUUAUUUAUAAUCAUAUACGCUCAUUUCAUCUGUUGUUCUUCUUUUAUAUUUAUGGAGAAAUUGUUGUAUUUUGUUUGUGUCUAUAACUAAGUGUUGUUCCCAUACCUUGUGAUAUAUAUGUGCUAAUUAAAUAUUUAACUUUGUAUGUCAAAAAAAGUUG